CCUAACUAGUUAGAAUCAAAAUAAACUGAUAGCAAGGACAUUUCCAAGCAGCUCAACCAUUCAGGGCCGAGAGUCAACGACAUCGUCUCAACGUUCUUACAUAAUAGUAUUCAUAUCCAGUUUGAUUUUUCUGAAGUGGUUUUUAUUGUCACAAAUACAAGAAAUCUGUGGAUUAAAUACAACCUUCUACUAACCUUCUCAAUUUCUAUAUUCUGUGUUCCCAUUUUCAUGUUCCACAAGUUGCCAUCCCACCUUCUUUUACUCGUUCAACUCUCAUCUUCUUUCUUCUUUAUAAUGCUCUCUUUAAACCCCCUCUCUCAGCUGAAUUCUCCUUCUUCCUCUGUUUCCUCUCAAAGCCCUUUGGCCCUCAUUUCCUUUUCCAGUAAUUUCUUGCCCAUCUAGAGGUGCACAGAUUCAUUGUUAGUGAUAGUUUGUCCUCUAGAGACUAGCAACAACUUGGUAUUUGUCCAAUCUAAUUCAUUCCAAGAUUCUUUCUUUCUGUUCAUUCAAUACACAGUCAGGAAUUGCCUUCUGGUCCAUAUAAUUCAACUGUUUUCAGCUAAAGAGAAUACCAAGUCCUUUAUUAUGGCUCAAAUUGAUCAUACAUUCUCCUUCGGGGGCUCACACCAUAAUCAGGGUCAACAAGCAGUGCCAUUUCCCACCAAUAAAGGGUCUUUGAAAGUCUUGCCCCUGCAUGGCAACUUAGAAAUACGGGUUAAGGAGGCUAAAAACCUUCCUAACUUAGAUGUUUUUCAUAAGACUUUAGGGGAUAUGUUUUCGAAAUUCCCUGUGAAGUUCGGCAGUAAGAUUGAAGGGCGUGUAGGUAGUAAGAUCACCAGUGAUCCUUAUGUCACUAUUUCGGUAUCUGGUGCUGUAAUUGGGAGGACUUUUGUGAUCAAGAAUAAUGAGAACCCGGUGUGGAUGCAGCAUUUUGAUGUUCCUGUUGCGCAUCAUGCUGCAGAGGUUCAUUUUUCUGUCAAAGAUGAUGAUAUCGUUGGCUCACAAAUUAUGGGUGCUGUUGGGAUCCCAGUAGAGCAGUUAAUCUCAGGCAUGAAAGUUGAGGGAAUUUUCCCGGUCCUUGGUUCUAAUGGGAAGCCUUGUAAGGCUGGAGCUGCUUUGAGUUUAUCAAUCCAGUUUACUCCAGUGGAGAAAAUGGCAAUUUAUCAGCAGGGAGUGCGUUCAGGUCCUGAUUAUAAUGGGGUUCCUGGCACAUAUUUUCCUAUUAGGAGAGGAGGUAAAGUUACUCUCUAUCAAGACGCUCAUGUUCAUGAUGGUUGCCUUCCUGAUUUGAAGCUUGAUGAUCAUGUUCAGUUUGAGCAUAGAAGUUGCUGGGAUGACAUCUUUAAUGCUAUCAGCCAGGCUCGGCGAUUGAUUUACAUUACCGGAUGGUCUGUCAACUAUAAGGUUAAAUUGGUACGGGGUGGUAAUGACGGCAGAGAUUGCACAUUAGGAGAUCUUCUCAAGACCAAGUCUCAAGAAGGAGUUAGAGUGCUGCUUCUCGUAUGGGAUGAUCCGACCUCCAGGAGUGUUUUGGGAUUCAAAACGGAAGGGGUCAUGCAAACCAGUGAUGAGGAGACUCGCCGUUUUUUCAAGCACUCGUCAGUGCAAGUGCUACUCUGCCCUCGAUCUGCUGGAAAGGGACACAGCUUUAUCAAAAAGCAGGAAACUGAAACCAUCUAUACACACCACCAGAAAACAGUGAUAGUGGAUACUGAUGCAGGUCACUUCAGAAGAAAGAUCACAGCAUUCGUUGGAGGUCUUGAUUUAUGCAAGGGUCGAUAUGAUACUCCACAGCAUCCUCUUUUUAGGACAUUGCAGACAGUGCACAAAGAUGACUUUCGUAACCCUAAUUUCACGGAGCCAAUUGGUGCCGGUUGUCCAAGACAACCAUGGCAUGAUUUGCAUUGUCAAAUUGAUGGUCCAGCAGCCUAUGACAUCCUCGCCAAUUUUGAAGAGCGUUGGUUGAAGGCAUCAAAACCCCAUGGGAUGCAAAAAUUGAAGGCGUCAUUCGAUGAUGCAUUACUGAAGCUUGAAAGAAUUGAUGAAAUAUUGGGGAUAGCAGAACUUCCAUCCCUUGCCGAGGAUGAUCCAGAGGCUUGGAAUGUUCAGGUUUUCCGUUCUAUUGAUUCCAAUUCUGUGAAAGGCUUUCCAGAUGACCCGAGAGAUGCAACAAGCAUGAACUUGGCAUGUGGGAAGAAUGUAAUUAUAGACAUGAGUAUACACACCGCAUAUGUCAAUGCAAUCCGUGCUGCCCAACAUUUCAUCUACAUUGAGAACCAGUAUUUUCUAGGUUCAUCAUAUAAUUGGGAUUCUCACAAAGACUUAGGAGCAAACAACUUAAUACCCAUGGAAAUUGCCCUUAAAAUUGCUGACAAAAUAAGAGCACAUGAGAGGUUUUCUGCAUAUAUUCUUAUCCCAAUGUGGCCAGAGGGAGUUCCUACAAGCGCACCUAUACAGAGGAUUCUCUUUUGGCAGCAUAAAACAAUGCAAAUGAUGUAUGAAACAAUUUACAAGGCCUUGGUGGAGGUUGGACUGGAAAAUACAUAUGAGCCACAAGACUAUUUAAAUUUCUUCUGCCUUGGCAAUCGUGAGGCAUUAGAUAGGGAGAAUGGUGUGCAAAGCUCUACUCCUGGAAACACUCCUCAGGCACGGAGUGAGAAGAGCAGACGCUUUAUGAUUUACAUUCAUUCUAAAGGAAUUAUAGUGGAUGAUGAAUAUGUAAUAUUGGGAUCUGCGAACAUCAAUCAACGGUCCAUGGAGGGCACCAGAGAUACUGAGAUAGCAAUGGGAGCAUAUCAACCCAACCAUACCUUGGCAAGGAAAAACUCUCGUUCACAUGGGCAGGUCUAUGGAUAUAGAAUGUCACUAUGGGCAGAGCACAUAGGAGGGGUUGAGGAGUGUUUUGAGCAACCAGAGACUAUUGAAUGUAUGAGACGUGUAAGGUCCCUUGGUGAACAGAACUGGAGACAGUAUGUAGCUGAUGAGGUAACAGAAAUGAAGGGUCACCUUCUGAAGUAUCCAGUUGAAGUUGACAGAACAGGCAAGGUCAAGGCUCUCCAUGGCAGUGAAAAAUUCCCAGACGUUGAUGGUAACAUUCUAGGGUCUUUCAUAGCCAUUCAAGAAAAUCUCACUAUUUGAGCUCUCACUUAAGCGUUACCAAGCCAUAGUUGUUUUGCUUAUUUUCUCAAUCAAGAUUCUUUUGCAUGGAGUCUGAUGGAAUAGCACCACUUUUUUUGUUUUCAUUUUAGGCCAGUGUCUGGCUAGUUUCUUCCCCCCUUCAAUUUGUAAAAUAGUAACAGCAAGAUCCGAGCUUGAGGCCUGCCUCCUCCACUGCUUCUUCUGAACUAAAUGUAUAUCGGCAAAUAUCGAGUUAGAACUUCUUUUGGAAUUUGCUCCGUCCUUCUCGACACCUCGACUUCUUUAUAUAGUAAUUGAUGAUCGAGUUCGUUGGUUCA